AUGGCGCCACCAAGAGCAUCAAAUGUCGACCCUGCGACCGGACGCAAGAAGCUGAAAACGUCGGACCUGCCCCUCACUUCCGCGACGCGGACUUCCAUUGAUCAGCUCGCGCAUCAGUAUAAAAAGAAAGGGCAAUAUGACUCUCUACGGAAGGAUAUCUGGCAAAAUCUGCAGGCGGAUGGGUUUGAAAGCAAAUUCAACGAGUCGCUGUUAAGAAUCGCUGAAGCAGAAGUCGAAAAGAAUCCAUCUUUACUUAGAAUGGAACGAGCAAAGGCUGAACAGUUGAUUGGUGGAGCUGUUCUACGUACAUCUAUCUACCAGGAUGCCGAAGCGCAAAUCGAUGCUUUGUUAGACAAACAUAUGGCUGGUAUUGAGUCGGGCAUACGGGCUCUACGGGCUGAUGAUAUUGGACUAGAAGCUGCAGAAGCGGAACGCAUUAAGGGUAGCAAGACUGAUGCGCAGUACGAGGAGGAGUUCAAACAGAGACGAGACCAAAGGGAAGAGAAGAGAAAAGAGGCUCUCCAGAAACUCAAGGAUGAAGAAGAAGCCAAAAGAAAGGCGGCUAGGGAUAAGAGGAGGGAACAGGAAAAGAAGGAAGACGAAGAGAGGCAACGGAGACGGGAGGAGCGCGAGGCUAGGCGCAAGGCUGAGCAUGACCGCGAAGAAGAAAAGGAUCGAGCCAUGCGUGAAAGAGAACGCGAGCGAGAUCGUGAGAGAAUCCGAGACAGAGAUAGGGAUUAUGGACGGGAACGUGACCGUGAUCGUCACCGCGACAGAGAUGAUAGGGAUAGAGUUCGAAGACGUGAGAGCCAUUCACCACGACGAGCAUCGAUUUCUACCAGAGACGCUAAGCCAGCCAUUUCUUCGAAACCAGAGCUUUCAAAAGAGGAGGCGGAGCGAAUUGAGCAGGAGGCUCUCAACGAUUUGUUAAAAGAAAGUAAAAGGACUUCACAGCGUUCGCGACAUCAAUUAGAAAUCGAGAUCGAUGAAAGCCUAGCCCCACCACCUCGAAAGACCAUGCCGGCUUCAGCUAUCAUACCUAUUUCUCGGGAUUCACCUACAAAGAGCACAGAAAUCAAGAAAAUACCUACAGCUCCAAAAGCAGCUCGUGUCGAUGCUGAUGGAUUCAAGACACCACUUCCAAAAUCCAAUGACAAGACCGAGGAUUCAAGACUAGAGAGCCGUGAGAAGCGUAGCAGUCACAGAAGCCGGAGCCGAGACCGAGCAUCCAGUCGAAGGUCCAGGAGCAGGAGUCGUCGCCGUGAUAGCAGGGAUCGUGGGUCAGUCCGCUCUGCAAGAAGAGACAGCCGCGAACGGGAUAGAUCUACUAGAGUUCGUCGUGAAAGCCGGGAUCGAGAUGAACGUCGGAGGUACGUCAGCCGCGAUACAGAUAGAAGAGAUAGAGAUGACAGGGAUCGUCGUCGUAGAGAUGACCGUGAUCGGUCAAGGUCGAUAUCCCGUACAGAUAGAAGACGAAGCUGGCGAUCGCGUAGUCGCAGUCGUGAUAGACGCGACAGGGAAAAGCCAUAUCAUUUAAGCCCUCGUCUCACCAAAGAUGAACUCGAGGCACAGAAAACCAAAGCCAGGGAAGAUCGAGAAAGGGAUUCGCGAGAGUUUGCGCUUGCUAGGUCAGAGAAUGAAAAUCUGAGCUGGAAUGAAUGGGAGAAAGCACGCGAUAGGAAGAAGCAAGCUGCUGCAGUAGAGAAAUCAUCGCCGGCCCCAUCUACAUCGGUAGCAACGCCUGCAAAGAAAGACGGAAUACCAACGGGACCAGCGAAAGACAUUGCUAGAGCGGCAGCCGCUGCUUCGAGGAUGAACGACGUAAAACCCAGAGAUGAGCGAGCAAAAGACGAACAUCACAAGGACGACCGCCAUGAUCCCCGAGAUGACCGAUCCAAAUCUGACCGCCCCAAGGAGGAACGUCGCGAUCCUAGAGAUGAUCGUACGCAUGAUAGACGUGGCUCCCGAGCGGACAGAAGUAGAUCAAGACCCCCGACAGGUAGGAGAGGUAGCCGCAUAGAACGCUCCACAAGCCCUAUUAAUAUUGAUCGCUAUGUCCCAGGCGCCACGGAUCGACGAAGCAGUACUGUUCGCGAACGAAGUCGCGACCGAGACCGUGAUCGCCGGCCGAGAGACGAGGAGAAGCGGAAACGUUCGAGAUCUAGAUCGCGUAGACGGGAUCGUAGUCGUGAUAGGGAUCGCAAGAGGAGCCGGAGUCGAGAGACUUAUGAGAGGAGGGAUAAAAGGGAUCGGAGUCGUGAUCGCGAGAGAGAUAGGAGACGGGAGAGGAGUAGGAGUCGGGAUAAGGAGAGGGAGAGAGAUAGGGAUAGGGAUAGGGAUAGGAAGAGGAGUCGGAGUCGGGAGAGUAGGAGGGAUGAUAGGAGGGAGUCUAGGAGGUAG